AUGGACUUUCGGGCUGAGCGACUCUUCGAUUGGGCCCUGACAUUUUACCACUUCUUUCUGGACCAGUGGAUCAGCGACCGGCUCCAGAAGACCGGCAACCAAGAGCUGAUCAGCCACUGGCUGCUGCAGUCCAUGGAUGCGGUGACGCCUGAUCUCAAGGUCAUGAUCGAAGAAACUCUACGAGACCGCUACAAAACCACCUGUCCUGACAUCGUCGCGAUUUUUGGUAGCAAGAUCCUGCCGAGAGUUCGGACAAGUGGGGAGCAGGUCGUGGCCAAGGAGGAGUACAUGCGGAAUCGCAAGGGCUACGACAGAGCCCACAACGAGACUGAGGAGACGACCUACAUGCGCGACGUCCUGAAUGUGCUGCUCGAAGAGUUGCUCCGGCAGCCUUUCGGCCACGCUCCCGCACGAAAGAGCUCUCCGGCCGCAGCCGCUCCCCUGCUCUGUCGGGAAGUCAACAGCUCCGGCACUGACGCGUUGUUCUUUGCCAACCCGGAGCAUCCGCAUCGGCUGGCCAGCGCAGGCAAACAGUGCUUCAUGCUGCGCCAGCCAAACACCGGAGCAGCGGAUCUCUUUGACUGGUGCUUGAUGCAGGAAGCUGCCCUUGCUAUGACAGCAGAUCCCGACCACGGUGGCCGCGCGGCCUUUGAAGUUCCUGAGCCCGCCGCCUUUCGUCGGCGCAUUUUUGCCCUCUUCAGAACAUUGCACUUCAGGAUAGACCGAAACUGGGUAGCAAACGUGUAUGGACGUUACGGCCUGGAUGAGGGCUUGAGGGAGGGCGAUAAGGACCGCCGUGUGGCAAAAGUCAAGCAGGACUUUCCGCAUCUGCAUUCUGAGAUGUUGGAGCACAACUGGACUGUGCGUGACUACGUAGGCUUCAAGGAGAAGAGGCUUCACAGUAACACGGAUUUGAUCCAGAUCUUGUGCAAACACCUGGAUUUGGACCAGCCACAAUACGGGGCCUUCAUGCAGGCUGCACAUCAAACGGCUACCCGGAGGAUUGAUGAGGCUCUCGCGAUGCGAGAGAAGCACCAUGAGGAACUGGAGGCUGCCUUGUCGUCCUCCCAUGUGAGGCUAGAGCCUUGA